AUGCUCAGAGUAGGGCCAGAGGUAGUCUCUAUGACGAAAACAUCCUUGGGAUAUGCUGUGCCAAAGCAGAUAUUAGGAGCUGCGCCAGGGGCUCUGACCCUCAAAAGCAUUCCAAAAGCUAUGGUAUACCGCCACAACAGAGUGGGAAACCAAGGAAACUGA